GCCUGGGCUGUAAUUGGCCAACGAACGGGUGCUUUCCCUAAUCCCACAUCAGCCUGUAAUUGCCUCUGAGGGAAAGUGCAAGAAAAGGCCUGGCGGUAUAGAGACAAACAGGGAAAAAAGAGAGAGAGAGAGAGAGAGAGAAAGAAAGAGAGAGAGAGAGAGAGAGAGAGAGAGAGAGAGAACAUGAGAGUAUUACCAGAUUUAGGAAGGGAGGAGGGGAAGAGGGAGGGCAUGAGAAACAGAGAUAAACGAGGAGAGAAGAAAUAUCGAGACAUAGAAGGAAAGAAGGAGAGGAUGAGAGAGAGAGUGUAGAAAGGCACAGCUGGAGGGAGUAAAGUGGAGGGGACGGAAAUGAUCCCUUUCACAGAGAGGACAGUGGAUGACGCAUUUGGAUCCUGCUCCCACCACUCCAUACCACUCAAUGUCCUUUCCAAAUCAUGCCCAUUCACUAGCACAACACUCCAACCACAGCCUCACCACUAAAUGGUCAGUUCGUUAGUGCCGAACUGGCGACCAGACUAGAUGAGCGAGAUCAAAAGACUGUGAGACACAUCAUGACUUACUUAAUGUUCCUGUUUACUGGAGCUGAAGCAUCUAAAGCAGAUGAAAAUAUAUUAAUGCUUGUGGUGUCCCAAUUCUCAAAUUCACUAAUGCAAGAUUUCUCUCUAGUUCAGGCAGCUGCUCUACAGUUAUUCUACAGCAUAGAAGUGCCCAGGUCCCAAACACCCUGUAGCACAUGAGCCAGCUAAUCAAGGUCUGAAAUCACCAAAAUUUCCAAGCCAGGUGUGCGCAAUAGCAGGAUAUUUGUGCUCCAGGAGCAGGCAUGCUUUUUUUAACCAUAUAAUUUUGUCCUUGCACAUGUCAGUGGUGUGUCCAGGUUUUUAGACAUUUAGACAUGGAUUGGCAAUGGAGCCUAAUUAUAUUUUGACAAUACUGCAUUUACAGAAUAUCUGAUGUGUUUCUCUGUGCAAAAUGAAUGGCCACAAAAUAUCGUCACUGUAUAGGUUUCAUAGUUCUGCUUCAAUCAUUAUUUAAAAAUCCAUGAGCCAGAUACUCUAUGUUGUAUUAAGUCUGCAUGAAUUGCAUAGGGGUCUUUUUUGUAUCUGCUUGUUCCUUGACAAUGUUUCCCUAAUAUACAUAGAUCUUGCUUAAAAUGUAUAAAUAUUAAAAUGUUUUCUUAAAAAGAAAAUGUAUAGCAAUUUUGCUUGUUUUUGUUUUAUUAUUAUUUGUUUAACAGUAUUGUUGCCUAUAAGCAUUGCUUAAUGCACCUUCUUAUACACAAUCACCUUUUUAUUUUAAGACUACUCCCUUCUUUCUGUAGCCUAUAUUUUGUGAGGUUUAUAUGAUUAGCUUGUAACCCUGAAUAAACCAAAUAUUCUGCUCGUUACAUAUGCAUUUCUAUUAACUAUGGAUCUAUGAACACUGAAUAAUAAUCAGGGGCAGUGAGAAUCACCUGGAUACCUUCUUGGGCUUGUGUGCAUGUGUACCAAGACCUUCCAACACAAAGCAGCCAGGUUUUGUGCUGAAAUAUCCCGGUAAUUAGCAGAAUUCAUUAUGCCAUCAAUCUUCACAAGAGCCCCUGAACCACCAGCCACAAAACAGCCCCAAAGCAAUGAUCAAUCCUCAUAUUUUACAAACUCCCUUCCCCUUCCUUGUUGACUGCAUGGUGCUCUGGCAACGAGAUCCCAUUAUGAUGUGGGCCAGUAGUCAUGGUCCUGCCUAAGGGGCGACAGGACUUGUCAAAGUGCAUGAGGUCAGCACCCAGACAAGAUGGGGACAGAGAGUUACACUCAGCAGCUCCAGCUGGAGACCAGUGAUGGGGCUGGAACGCUGGCGAGCAUCACCAGUGUGGAGGGGCCAAUGGGAGAAAGUGUCGAUACAGGGUGGUACAUGCCUUAUCCAGUCGGUUUUCAGGUGUCACUUACCUGCUUUCUCUUACUGGAGCUGGUUCUGGGCUUUAGCAGUAACUUGACAGUGCUAGUGCUUUACUGCUCCCAGUCCAACCUGGUCGAUUCUGUGAGUAACAUGGUAACAGUCAACCUACACGUCCUGGACAUUGUUGUGUGUGUGCUUUGUCUGCCGUUAACAAUUGUUGUGGUGCUGCUGCCAACGGGUCGCAACCUGGAACUUAUCUGCUGCUUCCAUGAAGCCUGUGUCACCUUUGCGAGCAUCUCCACAGCCAUUAAUGUGCUAGUGAUCAGUUUGGAUCGCUAUGACAUCUCUGUGCGGCCUGCUAACCGGUUCCUCACUCCUCGAUGGGCAGCGCUUCUGUUGGCUGCUGUAUGGGCCGUGUCUCUUGCAGUUUUCUUCAUCCCCUUCAUAGAGGUGGACUUUUUCUCAUCAGAGCCAGAGGAUGGGUUGGCUAGCAGCUCCUUGGCACCGGCUUGGCGUAACAGGACACUACUGUGUGUGGGAGGAAAAGGUUAUUACACAACCCUCGGAAUGUACUACCACAUCCUACUGCAGGUGCCCAUUUUCUUUGUCACAGUAGUAGUUAUGCUCUUCACCUACUCAAGAAUUCUUCGAGCACUCAACAUUCGUAUUGGAUCGCAUAUGAGGAGGAGUCAGCGUCGAAGUGGAGCAACCUGUAGAGGGCGCCAGAGGAGACGGAAAAAAAAGGGGGGCUCAGCGGAUAUUGAAGGAGGAGCCCAAACAACAAACCAGACUAAGCAACUGACACAUCCUCCACUCAUCACCUCUCCAGUUCCAACCCCUACAGCCACCUCACCUCCACCUCUGUCCUCCACCCCGCUGGUUAGUGCCAGCACCGCGACUGCGCCUGCUCCAGCAGUAGGUGUUCAGGCUUCAGUUUCAGCUAUCAUUGCUCUUCGCAGAGCCGUAAGGCGGCACAGAGAUCGGCGAGAGCGUCAGCGGCGGGUCUUCAGGAUGUCCCUCAUUAUUAUCUGCAGCUUCUUAGGCUGCUGGGCACCAAUAUCUGUGGCAAACAUUCUCAUCCUGACUCUAGGUCCCAGCGAUGCUCUUGUUCGAGUGCGGCUUUGGUUCUUGGCCAUGGCCUAUGGCACCACCAUAUCUCAUCCACUGCUGUAUGCCUUCACAAGGCAGAAGCUCCGCCGGGCUCUCAGGGCCAAAGUAAAGAAGCGGGUGGUGUCCUUGCUGCAAGUGGACCCUUCCCCAGGCGGAACUGUCAUUCACAAUUCCUGGGUAGAGCCACGACAGGGACGUAAGAUUCGUUUAGAAGGCAGUGAUGCUACAGAUCGGUGUCUAACAGAACCACUUUGAAAUCAAGCAGCAAGACCUUUGGUUUGCAUAUUCGUCCAGUAUGACAGCACAUCAAGAAAAGAUAUUGUGUUGUGGCCUUAUUAGGCAGAGUUUGAAGUGUGCUGUCCAAAUUAAUAAAGAGGUCAUGAUGAACACAAUCAAUGGACUCAUAAUAAUCAGUGAGCUAAAAAAUGUUUUAACGUGUAUUCUUUGCAAGUUGUGUGCUGAUUUACAAUGUUAACAAUGUUCACUUAUUUACCCUUUUACUCAUAUUUAGAGCAUUGUUUUUAAUGUGAAAGUGAUAACGAUAAGCUGGGGUAUUACUGAAAGAUCUAUUUUAAACUUGUUUUAAUUUGUAGUAUACAUUUUUGGUGCAAACACCAGGACCUAUUUAUUUAUUUGUUUGUAUGUUUGUUUGUUUGUUUUUUUAUGUAAUAUAUGUAAUAUAAUUUAUGUUAUUUAUUUAUGUAAUAUACAAAAUGUAAUUGUGCAAUAUGAAUUUUCUUUAGGCAUAACUGUGCAUAUCAUAAGAUAAUUUACAGAAUUAUAUGAUAGUCAGUAAUAAGCUAAUCUGCAAUAUUUGCAACUUGAAGUCAAAUGGAGAAUGGCACAGGUGUGCCAAUUAAGCAGCUCAUUUGUUUGUUAACUAGCAUUCUUGUUAGAGAUAAGACACAGAAGCCACCUCUGGGCCUCCUUAGCAACUGUUGUUUAGGAAAUUUUACUAUCACCAGCGAACCAUGAGGAGAGCAUGAGGAGAGGGCUGAUGCAAAAGCUCAAGCGCUCAGUUAUCUAGACUCGACCCUAGCCUUUUCUUAUACACCUACACAUUUGUUCACACUGAGUUAGAUAUGGACUUUAAAUGCUCAUAGCCUAGCAGAACAGUGUGGACUUAAGUCCAUGUUUACAUAAUGGUAAACUUGCUCUUUGAGAGUACUCACCAAGGCACUAAUCUUCAAUAGCAGCUUACAGUAUACUAAAUGUACAAUAACUAUACUUUCUCAUUUAGAUGCAUGUGAAAGCAUUCUCUGAUACAAGGGCAAAUACAUUCCGGACCAUGCCUUAUAUCUCCUCACAAGAGUACUGUGGUUUUGAAUGUGCUUUUUAUUUUCCACAUGGACAUUCCACAGAGAAUGAAAGUGUUCCUAAAUACCACAUUUCUCUAUCACUAAUUAGUUCUGCAAAGAAAAUGACUGUUCUGCAAAGGAAAGUCUGACUCCUGCUUCGGAGAUGAUAAGUUCCUCUGCUGAUUUAUUUUUGGCUGUUAAUGAAAUACUGAAACCUCAAAAUGAAGAUGUUCACCCUGGCUAAUGCUGGGUUCAUGUUAGUGUAUCAGUCCAGUUUUAGUCAGUGUGCAUUUCUGAGGGUUGGUGUACAUGCUAGCAAGUAAAAACACAAGGGAGGUGCAUUAGCAUAUUUAUUUAUAACUUUAUUAUGAAUCAGUAAGUGUAUAGUAGAUGCUAAUCACUGUACAUACGUAAAUGUUUAUAGCCACAGUGUAGUAUGUGGUAAGUCUAUAAAGACAGUACCAUGUUUACAGAGUCAAUAUCAGAAAACACAAAACUAGGCAUGUCCAUAAGUGAGUCGAAUAUUAAACUCUACAUGCAGAAUACCUCACAUGCCCUUUUAACAUAAACUGUGUGGAACAUUGUGAUCUUUCCAGUGGGCUCAGUGAAUAUCAUCUAUGGAUAAAGUUCAAUGAAUCCAAACUUUGUAUAGUUAUGUUCUAAAUGUUAUACGUGGCCUAUAUAUGAUAAUUAUAUAUGAUAAUUGGUACAAAAGACUAGAUUAGCGUUCUUUUAGCUUUCAAUGAGAAUAUAUUAUGAAGAUAAACUGAAUGGGGCCUCAUUUGUUCCUGAGCAAAAUAAUAAAAUGGCUGAACAGCUCUGACACCAUCGAAAAAAAUUCCCAUGAGGCCGCUGCAGACCUCCCCAGACUGAUCACACAUUAGCUGGUUUCUUUGGAGUCCAUAUGGAGAUAAGAAGAUCAGAGGGAGGUUUUAUUUUCCAUUAUUAAGUGUCAGUGACACAAGCUCUACAGGAUCACAGUAUAAUCUUGUCGGGUAUUUAUGAAGUUUCUUUUUCAACACAUACACUGUUUGUGUUGAAUCGGAUGCACAUCCUUUGACCAUGCACUGCAUGUUCUGUAAUGUUGUAAUUAUUGUACAAUAAUGUCAUUGUGCUGUUUUAUGUAUGUUUAAAAUGUGUAUCAAUAAAUUUCACAGUUUCAUUUAGUUGAGAUGUUAUUCUUUGUAGCCUUUUGUAUAAUUAUCUAUCUUCAUACAGUAUGUUUGUUGAUAGAUAAAGAAAUUUUCAACUCAGUACAUCCUAAUGGAAAAAACAACAAAACAGCAAUUCACAGAUAUUAAACAUUUCCACUUUCUUUCCCUGUAAAACUCAAGCAUUUAUGAGUUUGACUAUGUGGGAUAUCGGUCUGUGUUUCCAGUAAGAUAGCAUGAAAGCAGUGUGUAGGCUGCACCACCAGGGAGAUACAAACACACACACACAAAACCUGAUGUAAUGGCACAGGCCUGUAAAACCACACGUACAGGUUUCUCAGGGGCAUAAUGUAACAUCAGACUCAUUGCUAAUUUCUGUCGUAUUUGCAGCUUCCUCCUACAGGCUCAAGUUACUGAUUUAAAACUCCAUGACAACAUUAAAAUAUAAAAGGCCUACCAAGUUCCUAAUCCAAUAUAUCAUUCAUUCGUCUUCAGUAACUGCUUUAUCCUGAUUAGAGUUGCGGUGGAUCCAGAGUCUAGCCCGGAAAUACUGGGAGUGAGGCAGGAAUACACCCUGGAUGGGAUGAUAGUCCAUUGCAGGGCACCAUGCACACACCGUCACAUACUCAUUCGUACCUUGGGACAGUUUAGAUGCUGUGUUUAACUAAAACUUGUGACUCCACUGUGAAUUUCCAACCUCUGACUAGGAAAAAACACCAGAAAAUCAGGAAGCCCUCAUGUCCAUGUUCAUGUGACGUCAAAUCAACAUGGCUGCUCACAGCAUCAACAGUAAACAAAGUAACACUUCUUGACUUAACUUGUGUUAAACUGUAUUUAAUAGUAUUUGCUUUGGAUCAGUCAACGUACUGAUAAUUAUUAUAAUUAUAUAAUUACAUAUAAUUAUGUUAUAUAGGCGAUACAGUUUGUUGUUUUGAGGCGGUAAAUACAUAGAGUGUUGCCAACAAGACAAACACAGAGGCGUCCAUGGUUUUUCCCCACUUUGUAGCUCGAUUGCUCCGACUUCUGAGUUAAGUCGGAUACAGAAAGAGUAGCCAAUCCAUCUACCGGCAUGUUUUUCAAAGGUGGAAGGAAACUGGAGAACCUGGAGAAAACAUUACUCCUCACAGAUAGUAACCAUAGCUCUGGAUCCUGGAGCUGCAAUGCUAACCAGCGUCCUAUAAUUUUAAUAACAUACUUUAGAAUCAAAGGCACACUGAGACACUGUUGCCUUGUACAGUGGUUAUGGAGUUUAAUCGGAAUAGUAAACGUCUGUCUUUUUGUAAAUGAAAGCGUUAGAGUUGUUGCAACACAACUAAAAUUCACGUGUUAGAAAAUUCCGCCCUCUUUUGGUGUAAUGUAGAAACUCCACUACCGAAUAACGGAUAAUUUCCCUUCGAUUCAUUACUACAAAUAACCUUACACAAAUUCAGUACUCUUUAAAUCCUAUAUAAUCCUACAUAUUAUACAUUCACACGGAAAUGAAUUGGUUGCAAUUUGCUUAUAUUGAAAUAGCUGCAGCAAUUGCCACGCCGAAAUAGCUCAGUUGGGAGAGCGUUAGACUGAAGAUCUAAAGGUCCCUGGUUCGAUCCCGGGUUUCGGCAGGAGGAGGUCCUCUUUUCCACUCUUGGUUAAAGAAAGCACCAUGAUGUUUUUGCAUUUAAGUGCUUUCAUCAGAAUCGGAACACACUUUAUUCGCUAAUACAGUCAGUGAUCAUAGAUGCACAGACAUGCAUCAUAAUUCCUACUGGUGUGGUUGGUAACGUACAACUUAAGUGUCACAAAUUAACAUGCAAACAUUGAACAGUAGCAUAUGAAUAUACAUAUACAGAGACAGAUCAGAUUUUACAAAGUGCAUAGACAAACACUGAUAUACAUACACCAUAUGGUGCGUAUGGAGUGAGAUUAAACCAGACACAUUCUUAUGAGGUGGUGUGUAAAUAGCAUGUUAGUGUACAGUAUGUGUGCUCAGUGCAGGAUAUCAGUGUUGGGCGAGUUAUUAUACUUCAGAUAUAAUUCAUUGUGAUUGUCUACUAGCUAUCUGAUAACUAAAUACGUUAGUAACCUUUUGGCUAUUUAAAGUGGUUUAGAAAAAAAUAAAAAACACUCUGUCAAUAGAUGAUCAUAAACAUGCCAGUGAAGGAAAUCAUAGCCUCCCUUUCUGCUCAAUGACUUUCAACAAUCCCACGUGUAAAAAAGCCCCUUUAAUUAAAUAAUAAAGUUUACCACUGGGUGGCGUAAUAGGCUGUAAAAUUGAAUUUGGCCAUACGACUAAGGAGCUCUCGUUUGAGUGUUUGUGUGUGCAUCAAACAAUCCAGCCAUCUGUCCAAACAGAGUACAGUCGUAAAAAAACAGGUUCCAUAGCCUCGGGUUAGACUAUGACAACAGGAAGCUUGAAAACCAGAACAGCUAAGCUAAAUAAAUAAAUAAAUAAAUGUCCCAGCAGUCUUUCUGAUUAUUACUAAAUUACAAGAAGAUACUGCCUUUCAAGCAGGAAUUAAAUAUCCUGUCACAUUUCUCAUGUAUCUGAAGUAUAAUGUAAUAUUUCAUGUAUAAUGUAAUAAAGCCAGGAUAAUAUUUAUAAUAAUAUUUAUUAUAAUAUGUAAUAUUUAUGUAACUUGAGAAGCCACUGAAUAACAUAUAGUAAAGCACAGUUAACUUACUGUCAAUGAUUCCGUUAAGGAUUUACAUGAGGGUGUUUGUGAGCAAACUAAAGUCUAUACUUUCAAAGAGUGGAUUAAUUUAACAGUAUAAAUUAGAUGCACAUAAUAAUAUGAUACAUCUGCAUUUUUAUAGCAGGAGGUGCAGUACCAGCAGGUCCUGCUCACACUACACUUUUAGGCAAAUUUUGAACAAAUGGCCCCAUUGCAAUGUCACUGGCUAAAUGCCACUAUCUGCACGGUCAUUAAUAGGACGUUAGGAGCACUGGCUACCCAUUGUGCACCUUAAUGCAACUUUGAUUUAAUACAAAGAAGUUAACUAUUCUCCUAAAAAUGUAUUAGAUUUCAGUGGUACGGAAUCAAAUGGGAACAGAUGUCUUGAGUUAAAUGCAAUUAGUAACACUGUACCAAACAAGCCUGCACUGGGAGAGGAGAAAUGGCCAACAGCACCAAACCAGGAAAUAAAAAAAUCUGCAGGUUUAAUGUUCUGCAUGUUCUACAAUACGUAAUGUUUAAAAACUCAACAAAAACUAAUAUUACUCUCUUGGUGCGCCUGAAUCUUAAAAAUGGUGUAUAAUAUUUUUCUCAUAUUGAUACUUGCUACUACUUUUUGCUUUUGUCUCUAUAUAUUCACAAUUUUUAUUUCUAUAUUUAUAUUCAAAUGGAUAUAUUUAAUCUAUCCUUAACAUUUAAUAUGUAAUAGUUCUUAAGGGAAACUUAUAAACAUGAUUUGUGCGCUAAUGUCAUGUACAGUGUGGAGACAUGUCAUAUAUGAGUACUACUAAACAUACAUCUUGAUCAACUAUUUUAAAGAUGUGUUUAUAUUAAGACAAUUUAUAAUAUAAUAAUGAAUCCAACUAGUUUUAACAGUAGCAUUGUGUGAAAGGCUUUAGGGGUUCGAAUCUGGCAGAACUAUGUGUCUAACUGGUGUAGAAAGCAUGGAGAUACAGAGACAUUGUUGGUCAGAGGUCAGUCAGGGCCACAAAAACAGCCAAGAAUUUGCGUCAUACCCAUUCACAGAAGUGAAUGGUCUUUCUCUUUUUCCUUAUUUCUUUCUCUCUCUCUUUCUCUGUCUUGUUUCCCCAGCGUCCCCCUCUCUAUUGAUGUAAUCACCUUUGGGUGAAUGAGCCUGAUGCUUUUGAGACAAAGACCAGUAGGAAAUGUACAGGUCAGGGGUAAAUGUUUUGAGGUGCUGUCCAGACAUCCAGAACACUGAAAUAGGCUGAAACAGAGACUUUCGGUAAGUGUGUGCAUGUGUGUGUUCUCAUUCUCCUCCACCUCUACAUCCGUCUCCCCAUGAACCUAUUAAUCAGGCCUUCCAGGAACUUCAAGAAAAUGUGUCAACGCACACACACAAACACACACACACACACACACACACACACUUUGGUCAAUUCAAUGUGCUAUCUUAAAUCAGUAAGCUGAGGCAUGGUUUGAAUAAAAUGGACUGUUUGGUAAAUUUGUUCUAAUUAGUUUGUAUCAUUGAGCUCACACUAGUGCACUGGUCACAUUUGGCCUACAGAUAGGGGCUUACAUAACACCAACCGACACACAGUUCAAGAAAACAUUGCUGAGAAGAAAGCCAAGGCAAAGGCAAGAUGGCAGCAAUAAGCAGGGAUGGAAGAGAAACACAAGGAUGAGAGGAGGGAAUGAAGAUGUACCACUGGAGGCAGGAGCCAUCAUGAUUGCCAUAGUAACAUCAUGAAAGAAGCUUUCUACUUUGGAGUCAGGAAAUCAAAGCUGUGGCUUUGAUCAAAAUUAAAGCUGUUGCUUUGACUCACAUUUCAGACUACAAGGUGAGCAAGGAAGCCAAACUGAGAUGGAACCAAACCAAAAUCAUCUACUUUCGGCGUUUCAUUUUACUUUUCUUGCUAGAUGAUGCCACCAGGGAAAAAUCUCAUCAUGCAUUCAUUUUCAGUAAGUGAGCCUGGUCAGGGUCGCGGUGGAUCCUGAGACUAUCCUGGGAACACUGAGCAGAAGACAGAAGAAUAGAUGGGACACCAGUCCAUCAAGGGCGCCAUGCACACAUAUUCACUCCAAUUUAGCAUAGCCAAUUCACCUACUUGCAUGUUUUUGGACAGUUGGAGGAAACUGGAGAACCCACGGAAACAUGGGAAGAACAUGCAAAACUCCACACACUUCAAAAAAAUUAAUGGAAAGUAACGUCAAAAUU